GCGAUCACGUUUGCUAAUCGCAGCACGAAUCGACGAUGGCAGGAAUUCUUUCGAUAUCUUCGCGAAAUCUUCCCCGCGCGGCCCUUCGCAUUAGCCUGCGCUCGCUAGAAGGACAAUCACCGUCGCCGCAGGUUGCCGGAACCGGUACCAGAUCGAUCCACCAGCAGAGCCGCAAAUCGUUGGCAAGCAUCGCUAGGACAGUGGUUGCCGAGGGUGGCCGACGCGAGGGCAACGUAACCGUUCGAAACUCUAUCAAGGCGCAGCAAUGGGGAUUGACCGAGCGUACCAUUUUCACGUCCGCUCGCCUGCUGUCCUCGGAGAUCGUUAAGGUUCCGCCAUUCGCCGACUCCGUGUCCGAGGGUGAUGUGAAGUUCGAGAAGAAGGUGGGCGAUGCCGUUGCCGCCGACGAGGUGGUGAUGGAGAUCGAAACCGACAAGACGACGGUCGGUGUCCCGUCGCCGGCUCAUGGUAUUAUCGAAGAAAUCUUCGUCGCAGACGGUGACACGGUCAAGGCUGGACAGCAGCUGUUCAGGCUGAAAGUCACCGGUGAAGCUCCGAAGGCUGCCGCUAAACCGGCCGAGGCACCUGCCCCAGCGGCCGCCGCGCCUCCACCGCCACCGCCACCACCACCGGUAGCGGCGGCUGCUGCCCCGCCAGCACCCCCACCACCAGCGGCUGCCGGUGCUCCUCCACCACCGCCACCGCCGAAACCGGCUGCACCGAUUAGCAAAAUGCCGGUCGCUGCCAUCCGCCAUGCGCAGGCCAUCGAGGCUGCCACCGUGAAGGUUCCGCCGGCCGAUUACAGCAAGGAAAUCACCGGCACUCGCACGGAGCAGCGCGUCAAAAUGACCCGCAUGCGGCUGAAGAUCGCUUCCCGCCUGAAGGAGGCCCAGAACACGAACGCCAUGUUGACGACGUUCAACGAAAUCGACAUGAGCUUCAUCAUGGACUUCCGCAAGCAACAUUUGGAGGCGUUCCAGAAGAAGUACGGCAUGAAGCUGGGCUUCAUGUCUGCCUUCUGCAAAGCUGCCGCGUACGCCCUGCAAGAUCAACCCGUUGUAAACGCUGUCAUUGGAGAAAAUGAAAUUAUCUAUCGUGAUUACGUAGACAUCUCGGUUGCGGUGGCUUCGCCGAAGGGCUUGGUGGUGCCCGUACUAAGAAACGUUGAGGGAAUGAACUUUGCCGACAUUGAGCUGUCCAUUGCCGCGCUGGCGGACAAGGCGAAGAAGGGAACGCUGGCCGUGGAGGAUAUGGAUGGUGGUACUUUCACCAUCUCGAACGGAGGUGUGUUUGGAUCGCUGCUGGGAACGCCAAUCAUCAAUCCUCCCCAGAGUGCCAUCCUGGGUAUGCAUGGUAUCUUCGAGCGACCGAUCGCUGUUAAGGGACAGGUGGUUAUCCGACCCAUGAUGUAUGUAGCCCUCACCUACGAUCAUCGGCUUAUUGAUGGCCGCGAGGCUGUCACCUUCCUGCGCAAGGUGAAGGCGGCCGUCGAGGAUCCGCGCAUUAUUCUGGCCGGCCUGUAAGCGAAACACGACCGACACACGACGUAACAUCAAUCGCCUGCGUUCAUGAUGAAAGGAUCUCCUGAAUCAGCCACCCAGCUGUAUCGUGCCGCGUAAAACUAACCACAUCAUAGCCGUAAAUUAAUAGAAACGAUACGUUUAUAAAAUGAAGCAGACAGCACACUAACGCUUUCCCGUUGCACUAAAUUAUCUAAACCAUUUGUGGUAUUCGCAGAACCCAUUGCCUGGGCACAUGUUUUUCGAUGAAUCUUUAUACCUACCGUUGCCACCACUUAAGGCCUCCUAGAGGAAGUACUUUUUAGAGCUAAUAGAUUCGGACGGUAUCGAGUAUUGAGGGCGUCACCGACAGUCGGUUUAGGUCACAAUAGGAUAUAUGACUCAUCAUUCUAUUGGUUUGAUCCGAUCGGAACCAUCGAACACCGAACGGUGCGUCUCAAUGCGAACGACAAUGGGGGUAAAUUGAGUGUUUUCCUUUCCACAAAAAAAAACCUGUGCCCCAUGCGGUCUGGAUGUGUUAUUUUUCUCCGGGGAUUCGUGUUACGUAUGGGCGAACCUGCAAUA